AAGUCAAAAAAUUAAUCAAUCUUCUCUACUGGGGAAGUGGAUUUUUUAUUAAUUAGAUAAAUUGAAAAGUUCGAACUUUUGAAAUUUUGUAUGAAAAAUUUAUACAAAAGCAUGAGUUGAAAGUGAAAAUAAUUGAUUACAAACGUGAUAUUUAGUAUUCCGAAGCAGCCAAGAUGGAUAAAACGCAUCUCAAUAACCCAGAAAAGCUGAGAAUCUGUCGAUAUUACUACUAUUUAGGAUUUUUCUGCUUACCCGUUUUAUGGGCCAUUAACUACGUUUGGUUCAAAGAAGAAGCCAACUUCAAACCCGAAUUCGCUGAACAGAAAGAAAUUCAAACGCUUCGGAGAAGAUCUGGCAUAGGUGCAGUUAUCUGGCUGAUAGCUAUCAUUUGCUGGGUAAUUCAAUUUCAGAUGAAUCGUUCUAAAUGGGGAGAAUUCGGUGAAAAUAUUUCGUUUAUUAUUCCUACGGGAUCCGCGUAACUUGAAAGGUAAUUCACUCGUAUACUAAAUUUUCUCCUUUUGAUUACUAUUCACUAAUGUGUCAGAAGUUGGUCUGAUAUAAUGACUGUCUCUUGUUAAUUCAGUUUAUUGUACAUAUUAUCAUGUGAUCAAUUCUAAUUAUAUAAUUUCGAAUUUUUACAAUCGAAUACUGCUACCAAAAUAUUGCAAUUUGGAUUCGUAAUGGUAUUGUAAAAAUGUUUAACAUGCUUCUAUAUAUUAUUUAUUACGUAUUUUUGUUUUAUAUCGUUGAAUAAAUAUUUCCAUUUUUACAUAAA